AUGAGUAGCAGUGGACGACGACCUUCGGCUAACACACCACGCGUACGAACAAUUCCGUUCCACCCGAUCCCAGCUCUUUUAACACUGACAGCAUUGCUUUGUCUCGGUGUCGGAUUGUACGAAUACUUUUUAUCCGACCUGCAAAAAUAUCCACCCCCUGUGCGACACGCCCUACGACGAGCACUCUACUACCAAAACAAAAAAGAUAUUCCCUUGGCACUCAAAUACUUCCGCGAAGCACUGCAGUUGGGUGUCGAGUCGCCAGAAUUGGAGACCGACGGUGCACCACUGACAGGCAUUAUGAUUCAAUUGGGCACGUUGCUUGAGUCCCUGGGUCGACAUCCUGAAGCCAAACAGACCCUGACACUGGCCAUGCGCCACUUGCUUGGGCUGGAGAACAGCAACGCAGAAGGAGGAGGAGAAAAGAAGCCGGAUGCAGCCAUGUUUGACGUGGAUAUAAGCGCACUGGAUCCUGUUGUACAAAAGAAGGUUGUCGGUAUUGCGCAAAAGUUGGGUGAUAUCCAUGCUGUAAUGCGACGGGACGAGGAGGCUGAACGCUGGUACACUUGGUCGGUUGAACAUUUAUUGCGCAUCUCGUCAAAGCCCACAUCCGAGUAUGGUGAUGACGGAGACAAGAGAAUAUUCGACAAGGAGCACAUGCCUACAUGGUUGACACAUACGGAGCUGGGUUCUUCGUUGGAGACGCUGGGUCGGUUUUAUGCAGAUCGUAACAAAUACACCUAUGCUAUGCCACUGUAUCUUCAAGCACUGACGUUGGCAGGUGUAGACAGUUGUCACGCAACGGUAAUCAUGAACAACUUGAGCGAAGGAUUUGCCGCCAUGGGUAGAAUGGAGGAAGCAAAGAACUGGGCCGAGCGAGGCGUCGAAUUAGCGCAGAAUCCAAACACGCGCAAGGCCAAUAAGGAUGGCGAAGUAUGCGACGACACAUGUGGAGUGUUAUUAUACAACUUGGGCAUGAUCCACGAACAGCUAGACGAUAAGGCAGGAGCAAUGGUGUUUUAUGCCAAGGCGAAGAAGCAUGGACAGGAACACAAGAGUAUCGAUGUAGUGCAGGAAGCUGAUCAAUCUUUGAAGCGACUCCGUGCCGAUCGGCAGCAAUAG